AUGCAACAACACUCAUCUUUCCCAAUCUAGAAUUUAUUUUCUCUCCUUCCGGAUAAUCAAAUUUUCUUCUAAACUAAUCAAAGAUGUCGCUAGCUAUUGCAGAGGUUUACACGGUCAGGAAGUUUCACAAAGAGAGUAUGAAGCAACCGGGGAAACCGGCGGUUUCCGGCGACGGAGACGACAAGAUCGUCGGAGGAGCCAUGAAUACGCCUGUGAAACAGAGUGGUUCUAGAAGAUUCGGACGGUGGUUUGUUGGAAAGCCGGGAAUGAAGAAAACCUCUGCCAAAGUUUCGGAUCCCAUGACGAUUGAGUGAAAGUUUUCUCUUAUUUUCUUAUCUUUCUUUUCUUUAUUUUGUUUUAUUUUCAGUUUUCAUGUAUCCUUUUUUUCCGACGUACGCUUUUUCUAGUUUCUUCUCUCUCUCUCUUUUUUUUUUUCAUUUUCUUUAUUGUGUAAUUUCAUAAAUAGUUGGUAAACGUUGUAAGUAUAACUUAAAAUAUUAGCAAAACAUAUAUAUGUAGAA